UUUCUAUAGCUUUAUUAUGAAAUUCUCCAUGCUGUAAACCCAUGUGCAAAUCCUUUAAGGAAGAGGAAACCACAGAGGGAAGUAGGUAGACAGGACAGGGGGCAAACUUAGAGGAGAAACUGCAGCUUGAAGCACUUCACUCUCCGGUCUUUGCAAAGUGUUAAAGUGGGAGAUUUGAUCCAAGAGAUACUGGGAGAGCUGGUGGAGAGGACAGCAUCUCAAGUGAUCUCAUGGAGUCCCAGGGUGCCUCAAAGGGAGUAUUUCCAUUCGUUCCUCAGUCAGGCCCUGUAUACUUCCCACAGGGGCCAAUUGCUGUACCUGUACACUAUCAACAUCUAUGGAAAGACCCCCAGCAGAAAGUCCUGAAAGGAGAUCCCAAGGCACUGGGGACUGUCCAGAUCAUGGUCGCCAUCAUGAAUCUCAGCUUAGGCAUGCUUUUUGGUUUCAUUCCUCAGAAUGCUUAUGGAUCACCAUAUUUUCUGUGGUACACUGGCUACGUAUUCUGGGGAACAGCAUUUUUCAUCAUCUCUGGCUCCCUCUCCAUUGCUGCGGAGAAGAGAACCACAGAUAUUAUGGUCCAAAGCAGCCUAGCAAUGAACGUUGUCAGCUCAGUGGUGGCUGGCCUGGGAAUCGUCUUUCUCUCAAUCAAUUUGGUAACAUACCCUUAUUAUUGUUACGACGAAGCUUCCUUUCUUUCCUGCAGUAUGUUAAUAUCGAUAAUGCUGGGAAUCAAUGUCAUUCUGUUAAUCCUAGCGAUCUUAGAAUUUCUGGUCUCCAUUAUCACCUCCAGCUUUGGUUGCAAGGCAUUGUGCUGUGGCCAGAAUGAGAUUGCUAUCUUCAUGCCUCCCUAUACCUACAAUGUACCAGAGAACCCUGCUGCUGAAGCAUUCAACAGAGGGACAAUGCCUCAAAAUCCAGUCAUUGACACAGCAACUGCAUUCCCAGGAAGCCAUCCUAAUGGCCCCAUACAGUAAACUUGCUUCCCUUUCCCUUCUUGGCUGUUUCUUCAUGAAAGAUUAAGGAAAUCAGCCAUAUUUUCCUGAAUUUCUUUGUUCAUAGUCAUUUUCGGCAUUGGCCACAGAAUCUUCGCUUCCCCUUUCCUAUCUUGCCCAACAGUCCUCUACUGAUCUCUGUGUUUGCUCACAACAAUAUCAGCAAAAUGGGCAGUGGAUGGGAUUUUUCUUUGGCUACCCUCUCAGUAUAGCCCGCCUUGGUCAGCCUGUGGAUUGUGGGAGACAGAGUCCCUAGAAAUUGAAGCAAGGCAUCUGGAAGAGAUGGAGACAAAAGCCCCAAAUUAGGUCGCCUUCUAUCUCCCUUAAAUGAAGAAUCUCAACUUCUGGAAUCUUUUGCUGCUUUCACCUGAGGAUAUACUGGGAUUUUACCUCCAGUGAUCUGGGGUUCAUCUUCUUUGAUCUUCAACAUUCCUGGUUGUUCUCCUAGCACCCCGGCCUUUGAAGUGAAUCCCUCCAGCUCUGUAUACUACUGAAAUUUCAUGUUGGGAAAAUACAUAUAUGGCAAGAUAGAUAGGGUGGACCAGUAUUCUCUUGUAAGUCACCUCUUUGCCUACUCCUUGACAUGUUCAUUCAAAUUUAAUAUUAUCAUGACAAACUCUAGAAUACCUCAGAGACAUAUUGGAAAAAUUUCACAUUAUUAAUAAAAUGGCAUUUUCCAUCAAUCAUUUGUUUCAAACCCUGAUCACAUUUCAUUCAGGAUUACUUAUUGAUUAUUUUGAUUGAUAAUUGUGGUAAAAAUGUGAUAAUUAUCAAAAAAUUGAUAAUUGAUUGAUAAUAUUGAUUAAAAUGAGAAUUUUUCCCCCCUGGGGAAAGGCUCUAAAGUGUCAGCAUUCUAUAAAGAAUUUCUAAAGUAUUUAGCUUUUUAAAAAAUAAACUUGAUUUCCUAUGAUCAAAAAUAAUUAA